AUGCGCUCCCAGAGGGACCUGACAGAGAACAACUCCGCGGAACAGCAGACACUCUACAGUAUAAAAGCAAGGAGAUGCCUGAACUGGAUCCUUACCGUAUUGAAGAAGCAGAAACUGAACCUCAGCCUGUCCACAUUAAAGAAGAACUGGAGCCCGUCCGCAUUAAAGAAGAACUGGAGCCCGUCCGCAUUAAAGAAGACUGAGCUGGAGCCCGUCCGCAUUAAAGAAGAACUGGAGCCCGUCCGCAUUAAAGAAGAGACUGAGCUGGAGCCCGUCCGCAUUAAAGAAGAACUGGAGCCCGUCCGCAUUAAAGAAGAGACUGAGCUGGAGCCCGUCCGCAUUAAAGAAGAACUGGAGCCCGUCCGCAUUAAAGAAGAACUGGAGCCCGUCCGCAUUAAAGAAGAGACUGAGCUGGAGCCCGUCCGCAUUAAAGAAGAACUGGAGCCCGUCCGCAUUAAAGAAGAACUGGAGCCCGUCCGCAUUAAAGAAGAACUGGAGCCCGUCCGCAUUAAAGAAGAGACUGAGCUGGAGCCCGUCCGCAUUAAAGAAGAACUGGAGCCCGUCCACAUUAAAGAAGAACUGGAGCCCGUCCGCAUUAAAGAAGAACUGGAGCCCGUCCGCAUUAAAGAAGAACUGGAGCCCGUCCGCAUUAAAGAAGAACUGGAGCCCGUCCGCAUUAAAGAAGAGACUGAGCUGGAGCCCGUCCGCAUUAAAGAAGAACUGGAGCCCGUCCACAUUAAAGAAGAACUGGAGCCCGUCCGCAUUAAAGAAGAGACUGAGCUGGAGCCCGUCCGCAUUAAAGAAGAGACUGAGCUGGAGCCCGUCCGCAUUAAAGAAGAGACUGAGCUGGAGCCCGUCCGCAUUAAAGAAGAACUGGAGCCCGUCCACAUUAAAGAGUCUAUUGACUUGUUCAAGGAUUCAGAAAACAUAUCAUGUGGGAAGAGUGUCAGUCAGUUAGGAAACCUAAAAACAGACCAGCAAAUUCACACAGGAGAGAAACCACAUCACUGUUCUGAAUGUGGGAUACGUUUCAGAGGUUUAGGAGAUCUAAAAAAACACCAGCGAAUUCAUACUGGAGAUAAACCAUAUCUCUGUUCUGAAUGUGGGAAGAGCUUCAGUCGGUUAGAAAACUUAAAAAGACACCAGCGAAUUCACACUGGAGCGAAACCACAUCAUUGUUCUGAAUGUGGGAAGAGUUUCAGGUGGUUAGGAGAUUUAAAAAAACAUCAGCGAAUUCACACUGGAGAGAAGCCGUUUCACUGCUCUGAAUGUGGGAAGCGUUUCAUUGAGUCAGGAACAUUAAAAAUUCACCAACGAAUUCAUACUGGAGAGAAACCACAUCAGUGUAUUGAAUGUGGGAAGAGUUUCAGAGGGUUAGGCGAUCUAAAAACACACCAGCGAAUUCACACUGGAGAAAAACCGUAUCAUUGUACUGAAUGUGGGGAGAGCUUCAGUGUGUCAGGAAGCCUCAAAACACACCAGCGCAUUCACACUGGAGAUAAACCACAUCACUGUACUGAAUGUAAUAAUAGAUUCAGUCGGAUAGGAAACCUAAAAAUACACCAGCGAAUUCACACUGGAGAGAAACCACAUCACUGUGUUCAAUGCAAUAAGAGAUUCAGUCGCUUAGCAAACCUAACAAUACACAACCGCAUUCACACUGGAGAGAAGCCGUAUCACUGUACUGAAUGUGGGAAGAGUUUUAUACAGUUACAAAAUCUUAACGUGCACCAGAGAACUCACAAAGGAGUAAAGCCAUACAACUGUACACAAUGUGGCAAGACAUUUGCUUUCUCCAGUCAAGUGAAAAAGCAUAAAUGCUAGUUUUGAAAGUGCGGAUGAAACUGGUAGAAAUCAAUAUUCCAGGCAGUAUUACAAUGGUCCUUUUUAUGUGCCAACCUUGGGGGGAUGCAAUCAUGCGUUAGGUUA